UCACUGGGCCUGGGGGAGGACUGGCCUGGGAAGGAGCUCUCGGCAGGCGGAGGUCUGAAGGUGCGGCUGCUGAAGAAAGCUCUGGAGAAGCACGCGGACAAGGAGAACCUGGUCAUUCUCUUCACAGACAGCUAUGACGUGGUGUUUGCAUCUGGGCCUCGAGAGCUCCUGAGGAAGUUCCGGCAGGCCAGGAGCCAGGUGGUCUUCUCGGCGGAGGAGCUCAUCUACCCCGACCGCAGGCUGGAGGCCAAGUACCCAGCGGUAUCUGAUGGCAAGCGGUUCCUGGGCUCAGGAGGCUUCAUCGGUUAUGCCCCCAACCUCAGCAAACUGGUGGCCGAGUGGGAGGGCCUGGACAGCGACAGUGACCAGCUCUUUUACACGAAGGUCUUCUUGGACCCCGAGAAGAGGGAUCAAAUCAAUAUCACCCUGGACCACCGCUGUCGUAUCUUCCAGAACCUAGACGGAGCCUUGGAUGAGGUUGUGCUCAAAUUUGAAAAAGGCCACGUAAGAGCCCGGAACCUGGCCUACGACACCCUCCCCGUCCUGAUUCAUGGCAAUGGGCCCACUAAGCUUCAGCUGAACUACCUGGGCAACUACAUCCCGCGCUUCUGGACUUUCGAGACGGGCUGCUCUGUGUGUGACGAGGGCCUGCGUAGUCUCAAGGGCAUCGGGGAAGAAGCGCUGCCCGUCGUCCUGGUCGGCGUUUUUAUUGAAACAGCCCACGCCGUUCCUGUCCCUGUUCUUCCAGCGGCUCCUGCGCCUCCACUAUCCCCGAAGCAGAUGCGGCUUUUCAUUCACAACCACGGAGUG